AUGGUCCGAAUCGGGUGGAGUCUAGUAUAUAAGAAGCCUUCCUUGCUUGUUCUAGUUAUCAGUCAAGACAAGUCACUCGAAGUGGUUGUUACAUUAUUCCAAUCAAUUCAAUCAGUCGUUAAAUUUAAACUAUUAGAAAAAUGGUUUUCAUCAAAUCCUUUGUCUGCCUCGCCGUCUUGGGAGUUGCUGCCGCUGGAAUCCUCCCAUUGGGACACUCCGCCAUCUAUGCCGCUGGACACGAUCAUGUUGACUACCAUGCUUAUCCACAAUACUCAUACAACUACGGUGUUGCUGAUGGACAUACCGGAGAUGUAAAAUCACAACACGAAGUUCGUGAUGGCGAUGUAGUAAAGGGACAAUACUCCUUGGUUGAACCAGACGGUUCAGUCCGCACAGUUGACUACACUGCUGAUGACCACAAUGGAUUCAACGCAGUCGUCUCAAAAUCAGGACCAUCAGUUCAUCAUGCUCCAGCCGUCGUUGCCCAUGCUGCUCCAGCUCUUGUUGCUCAUGCUGCUCCAGCCGUUGUUGCUCAUGCCGCCCCUGCCUAUGCUCAUGCUGCUGCUCCAGCCGUUGUUGCUCAUGCUGCCCCAGCCUACGUAGCUCAUGCCGCUCCAGCUGUUGUUGCCCACCACGCCUCCGUAGCCCAUGCUGCUCCAGUAUCCUAUGCUCACCAUGCCGCUCCAGCUGUCAUUGCUGCCCCAUACAGCUUGGGUUAUGCUGCCCACGGUGCUCAUGGUCAUCUUGCCCACUAUAUGGCUUCAAGAGUUUUUGCAAUUGUUUUAGUUACACUCGCUAUUUUCGGUUCAAGUGUUCGGUGUUAUCCAGGAUACGCAUCUGUGGAUUAUUAUGAUCAUCCAAAAUACGCUUUCAAUUAUGGAGUAGCUGAUCAUACUACAGGAGACGUAAAAUCUCAGCACGAAACUCGCGAUGGAGAUGUUGUCAAAGGUCAAUAUUCCCUGGUUGAACCUGAUGGUUCAGUACGUACUGUUGAUUACACGGCCGAUCCAAUUCAUGGAUUCAAUGCUGUUGUAUCAAAAAGCGCUCCAACCGUUCAUGCCCAUGCUGUCGUCGCAAAACCAGUGAUCCACAAAGCUCAUCAUGUCAUUCCCGCUGUAGUUGCAUCACCUGCACCGUACGUUGUGUCGAAGCCAGUUCACUACACCGCUACAGCGGCCCCAAUCCAUUACGAUUAUGACGCUUAUGAAGGACAAUACUACGAUCAAUAUGACCAUGGAUACGAUCAUUAUUCACAUUAUUAAUUUCUCGAAUUUUAGAACUCAAACCACCGCGAAAACAU